ACGGCGGCUGGCGGGGGGAGGCUUGUUUACACAGACGGCAGAGCGCCGGGGGAAUAAUGCGAUAGAGGAAGGGAGCCGACUCUGUCUGCCUGCACCAACUUCCUGCUCUGGAGAAGAAGGAAAGAAGAAAAAAAGUCAGGAUACCAUUACAGUUCAGCGGAGCAGUUCAGACGCCAGUAAGCAUGGGACCCCGGAGGAUUUAUACUAAUUCUUAAGAAGUAUUAAGAAGGACAAUCGCACACUACACGCCUAGGUAUGGAGAGCGCCAUCACGCUCUGGCAGUUCCUGCUGCAGCUGCUGCUGGACCAGAGCCACAAGCACCUGAUCUGCUGGACGUCCACCGACGGCGAGUUCAAGCUGCUGAAGUCUGAGGAGGUGGCCAAGCUGUGGGGACUGCGCAAGAACAAGACCAACAUGAACUACGACAAGCUCAGCCGUGCCCUGCGCUACUACUACGACAAGAACAUCAUCAAGAAGGUGAUUGGUCAGAAGUUUGUGUACAAGUUUGUGUCCUUCCCGGACAUCCUGAAGAUGGACCCCCAGGCGGUGGAGAUGGGAUGUGAAGGGGUCAGGACAGAGACUGUUGGCCAUGAGGCGGAGCAAGGGGACUGCCCUAAUUUGUCCUCGCCCUGUCGCCGUGACAGCGCCUACGCGGGCCUGUACUCCGCCCUCUCCGCCGGCCCGCUGCAGAAGCAGGUAAAGGUGGAGGACCAGGCGCGUGGCGUAAUCCGCUUCGUUCCCAACAGGGCCGAGGGCAGCAGGACGCUCAACGCGCCCUCCCUCCCUUCCUCUCCUCCCCCCUGCUCCUCCCCCAGGGUCCUCUGCUCCCCCCAGCCUGGUCCGUCCCCACGGCGAUCCCCCUCCCCCUUCAGCAGCCCCGAAGCACAGACCCACCAAUCAGAGUGGUGUGCUCAGCGGCUCAAAGCAGAGACUGACCAAUCAGAGUGGCGUGCUCAGCCCCUCAAAGCAGAGACUGACCAAUCAGAGCAGUGCGUUGAGCCCCUCAAUCUGUCCGCGGGACCCCGGGGCCGCACCUCGACUGCGGCUCCGCCCAAAACCAGAAAGCCGCCAAAAGCCCUGGAGAUCUCUGCUCCCUCACUGUUACUCUCAGGAAGUGACAUCAUCGGCUCCAUCGCCCUCAACAGCCCGGCCCUGCCGUCAGGGUCCCUCACCUCUGCUGUCUUCACUGCACAGACCCCCUCGGGGCUGCUGCUGACCCCCAGCUCCCUGCUGGCUGGUAUUCAGUUCUGGAGCAGCUUGAGUCCCGUGGCCCCCCUGAGCCCGGCCCGGCUGCAGGCUCACAGCUCCCUGUUCCAGUUCCCCAGCUUGCUGAAUGGACACGUCCCUGUCCCCGUCCCAAACCUGGACAGGCCAUCGCCACCCCUACUGCUGUCCUCCAGCACCAACAAGUCCUGAUUCUGGCCCUCGUGCUUCACCUGUGCUCCUGCAUCCAGCCACAAAAACCUCCUUCCUCAAACGUCUCUCUCUAAACCACCCCCUAAUUUCAUAAUGAACCCUCUACCCUCACAAACCACCCUCAACUCUCAUAAACUACCCCCACAAACCACCCUUCAGUCUCGUAAACUACCCCCACAAACCACUCUUCACUCUCGUAAACUACCCCCACAAACUACCCUUCACACCUGUAAACUACCCUUUGCCCUUUCAUUGUACCCUUCGUCCUCAAACCAACUUCCUCCGCAGCAGCAGUCUGCAGGUAUCAUUCCUCCUCUUCCUCCUCAUCAUCAUCACCAGUGGCCUGGAUUUACACUUUCAUCAUCGUAAACACUGAACACAUUGAGACUGAUGUUAUGUAAAAACAUGGUUCUUUUUCUUGUUGUGUUGUAAAGUACUUUAAAUUUUACAGUCUCCUCAUUUCACAGUGUUAAACAGUCCCCUUGUUGCGUGGAGUGUUUAAAAUGGCCCUGCUCCUGUACUGCCCAGACCAUACAGGUAGAGACUCACCUGUAAUAACUGUGCUGUAGCUAAACUGGGUUCUUGUACAGGUAGCCCCAUUUUUUUAAAUUUUUUUUUACAAUUAAAGGAAACCCAACCAUCCAAAGAAAAGACCAAAGACCAUUGUGACGGUUUAAUAUUGGUAUAAUCGAGACAGAAACAUGCAGAAAUACAGGUUUGUAUUGGACAGAAUUAUAACCAAACAUGUGGGCUUGUACCCAGUGAGGGGAAAAGGCUUUUCACUUUAGACAAUGCACUUAAUGCCCACACCAGGGGUUCGCCGGCUCCUCCUGUAUGACCAUUUGCUACUUUUCAUAGUUUUUAAUCUUUUCAUCAGAUGCUGUGAACCUGGUUGCGUCUUUUAGUGUUUUGUACUAUAUCGUUUUGUAUGGUUAUGCGUUGUGCUCUAAAGUUAGUACCAGCUGUGCCUUUUCAGAAGGAAGAGUAUGUCUGUAUUAUUUCUUGCUUAAAAAGAAAGUUCUUUGACGACAACCUUCCAAAAUAGUAUUGGGGAAAAAAGCUUUGUAAUAGCCUUAUAAUUAUUUUUUCAUAAAGGAAUUGAUGCAAGUAUACUCACAUUUUAUAUUUGCGCUUUUUAUGGGUCUAGAAAACAUGUUGCCUUAUGUUGUUUUUAAAUAAACUUGAAGCAUUGAAUGCUUUAUAAUAAA